AUGGCUUUCGCCAGCCUCCUGGAGCACGUGGGGGGCAUGGGGCGCUUCCAGGUGGUCUCGGUGCUGCUCCUGUCCCUGCCUGUGCUGAUGAUGGCCAGCCACAACCUCCUGCAGAACUUCACCGCUGCCACCAGCGACCACCGGUGCCGCCUGCGCCCGGAGGCCAACGCCAGCGGCCUCGACCCCGAGGCCCUGCUGAGGGUCUGGGUGCCCCGCGGGGAGCGGUGCCGGCGCUUCGUGACACCCCAGUGGUGGCUUUUGGAGGCCAACGGUUCGGCGCCCAACGGCUCUCGGCCGGAGACGGAGCCGUGCGGCGAUGGUUGGACCUACGACCGCAGCGUCUUCACCAGCACCAUCAUCACUGAGUGGGACCUGGUGUGCAGCUCCCGGGGGCUCAGGCAGCUGGCGCAGUCGCUCUACAUGGCCGGAGUCCUGGUGGGCGGCGUCUUCGGGGGGCUCUCGGACAGGUUUGGCCGCCGCUUGGUGCUCACCUGGUGCUACCUGCAGAUGGCCGCCAUGGGCACCUGCUCGUCCUUCGCACCCACCUUCAGCAUCUACUGCCUGUUCCGCUUCCUGACAGGCAUGGCCUUCUCGGGCAUCGUCCUCAACAGCGUCUCCCUCUCGCUGGAGUGGAUGCCGACACACAUGCGGGCGCUGGUGGGGACAUUCAUGGGGUACUGCUACACCGCCGGGCAGUUCCUGCUGGCCGGCGUCGCCUUCGCCAUCCCCGACUGGCGCAAGCUGCAGCUCGCGGUGUCCCUGCCCUUCUUCGGCUUCUUCCUCUACUCCUGGUGGCUGACGGAGUCAGCACGGUGGCUUGUCAUGGUGGGGAGGUCCCACCAGGCCCUGCGGGAGCUCCAGAAGGUGGCCAGGAUCAACGGGAAGAAGGAGGAAGGGGACAAGCUCGACAUAGAAACCCUGAGGUCCCACAUGGAGAAGGAGAUGACGUCAUCAGGGACACAUCACACCGUGGUUGACCUGGUCCGGACGCCGGUCGUGCGCCGCAUCUCCUUCUGCCUCUGCUUCGUGUGGUUCUCCACCAGCUUCGCCUACUACGGGCUGGCCAUGGACCUGCAGAACUUCGAGUUCAACAUCUACGUGAUCCAGCUGAUCUUCGGCGCCGUGGACAUCCCGGCCAAGCUGCUGUCCAUCCUCACCAUCACCUACGUGGGGCGCCGCUUCACCCAGGCCGCCGCCCUCGUCCUGGCCGGCUUGGCCAUCUUGGCCAACGUCUUUGUGCCACGAGACCUCCAGACACUCCGGACAGCCCUGGCCGUCUUUGGGAAAGGUUGUUUGGCCGCGUCCUUCAACUGUGUCUUCCUCUACACGGGUGAGCUCUACCCCACCGUGAUCCGGCUGGUGGCCGUGUUCCUGCCCGAGACACGGAACCUGGCCCUGCCCGAGACUGUGGAGGAGGUGGAGAGAAGGUGGGCUCGGCUGUCCCUGCACCGACCACCCAAAGCAUCCUUGACCUCUCCUGACCCCCCUGGAUCCACCCUGGAUCCACCUCUGGAUCCAGGGGAGGAUCCAGAGGUGGAUCCAGGGGCGGAUCCAGGGGAGGAUCCAGAGGUGGAUCCAGGGGCGGAUCCAGGGGAGGAUCCAGAGGUGGAUCCAGGGGCGGAUCCAGGGGAGGAUCCAGAGGUGGAUCCAGGGGCGGAUCCAGGGGAGGAUCCAGAGGUGGAUCCAGGGGCGGAUCCAGGGGAGGAUCCAGAGGUGGAUCCAGGGGCGGAUCCAGGGGAGGAUCCAGAGGUGGAUCCAGGGGCGGAUCCAGGGGAGGAUCCAGAGGUGGAUCCAGGGGCGGAUCCAGGGGAGGAUCCAGAGGUGGAUCCAGGGGCGGAUCCAGGGGAGGAUCCAGAGGUGGAUCCAGGGGCGGAUCCAGGGGAGGAUCCAGAGGUGGAUCCAGGGGCGGAUCCAGGGGAGGAUCCAGAGGUGGAUCCAGGGGCGGAUCCAGGGGAGGAUCCAGAGGUGGAUCCAGGGGCGGAUCCAGGGGAGGAUCCAGAGGUGGAUCCAGGGGCGGAUCCAGGGGAGGAUCCAGAGGUGGAUCCAGGGGCGGAUCCAGGGGAGGAUCCAGAGGUGGAUCCAGGGGCGGAUCCAGGGGAGGAUCCAGAGGUGGAUCCAGGGGCGGAUCCAGGGGAGGAUCCAGAGGUGGAUCCAGGGGCGGAUCCAGGGGAGGAUCCUCCCCUGGAUCCCCCCUGGAUCCACCUCUGGAUCCACCCUGGAUCCACCUCUGGAUCCACCUCUGGAUCCACCUCUGGAUCCACCCUGGAUCCACCUCUGGAUCCACCUCUGGAUCCACCCCUGGAUCCUCCCCUGGAUCCUCCCCUGGAUCCUCCCCUGGAUCCACCUCUGGAUCCACCCCUGGAUCCUCCCCUGGAUCCACCCCUGGAUCCUCCCCUGGAUCCACCUCUGGAUCCUCCCCUGGAUCCACCUCUGGAUCCACCCUGGAUCUGCCCUGGAUCCACCCCUGGAUCCUCCCCUGGAUCCACCUCUGGAUCCUCCCCUGGAUCCACCUCUGGAUCCACCCCUGGAUCCUCCCCUGGAUCCUCCCCUGGAUCCACCCUGGAUCCACCCCUGGAUCCACCCCUGGAUCCACCUCUGGAUCCUCCCCUGGAUCCACCCUGGAUCCACCUCUGGAUCCUCCCCUGGAUCCACCUCUGGAUCCACCUCUGGAUCCGUCCAUCCCCUGACCACCCUGUGGCCAUUCCUUGA